GAGCAUCAAGUUCAAAGAAAAACAUUCUUCAACAAAAGUGAAAGCUUUUACAGAGAGCACGCGCCCACGUAGUGAAGAGAAUGUGUCUUGUCCGUCAGUUAGAACUGCAGGUUUCAUCUGACUGAAGAUGAAGAAUUCGGUCUCUAGAAGUUCAGCCAACAGGAGUGACCGGUCCAAACCAGCACCUCCAUGUUUCUGUCCAGAACCCUCAGAACCAGAACAGAUAGAGAGGAGUCCUGUUUGUGAUGAGGAGCAGCUGUCCUCCUCCACCUGCUGCUUUGGAGACGGCAGACAGAACUCCUCAUGGGUCCAGUCUUCCCCACCAGAACAAUCCUGCUCUGAAACCAGAUCUGGAAAAACAGAUGUUCUACAGGAGGAGUUAGAAGAACUUAGAGUCCAUCUCAGGAGACGUUUACGUGUGACUGAAGGAAGUGAUGAAGCAGGAAGUGAAAAUCUCUUCAGCAGGGCGUUCACUGAGCUCUGGAUCACAGAGGAACUGAGAGAAGAUGUUCAGACGGAGCUGGAGACCAACAAACUCAGAGAUGCUCCACUCCGGUCCAACAGCAUCUUCAGAUCCUGUCCUGACCAACAUGGAUCCAUCAGAGUGGUUCUGACAAACGGCGUGGCAGGAGCUGGAAAAAGCUUCCUGGUGCAGAAGUUCACUCUGGACUGGGCCGAGGGUUUGGAGAACCAAGACAUCAGUGCUGUGGUUCCUCUUUCCUUCAGGGAGCUGAACCUGGUCAGAGAGGAGCAGCACAGUCUUCUGACUCUGAUCCAGACGUUCCAUCCAAGUUUCCAGAAGAUCCCAGCAGAGCAGCUGUCCAUUUGUAAACUUCUCUUCAUCUUUGAUGGUCUGGACGAAAGCAGACUUUCUCUGGACUUUAACAGCCGUCAGGUGGUGUCUGAUGUCACCCAGAAGUCCCCAGUCAACGUUCUUCUGACAAACCUCAUCCAGGGACGACUGCUUCCCUCAGCUCUGGUCUGGAUCACCUCCAGACCGGCAGCAGCCAAUCGGAUCCCUCCUUCCUGCGUUUCCAGGGUAACAGAAGUACGAGGCUUCACCGACUCCCAGAAGGAGGAGUACUUCAGGAGGAGGUUUAGUGAUGAAGAUCUGUCCAGCAGAAUCAUCUCCUACAUCACGGCCUCCAAGAGUCUCUUUCACAUGUGUGAGCUCCCGAUCUUCUGCUGGAUCACUGCUGGGGUUCUGGAGGACGUGUUGACCACAGAGCAGAGAGGAGAUCUUCCAACAACCCUGACAGACCUGUACUCACACUUCCUGAUGGUCCAGACAAAGAGGAACAAGAAGAAGUACCAGCAGGAACAUGAGAAGAAUCCAGAGGAGCUGACAGAGGCUGACAGGGAAGUUCUCCUGAAGCUGGGGAGGCUGGCAUUGCAACAUCUGCAGACAGGAACCAUCAUGUUCUACCAAGAGGAGCUGCAGCAGUGUGGUCUGGAGGUCACAGAGGCUUCUGUGUUCUCAGGAGUUUGUACUGAGAUCUCCAGAAGAGACUGUGGGAUCUUCCAGAAAGCAGUCUACAGCUUCGUCCAUCGGAGCGUUCAGGAGUUUCUGUCUGCAGUCUACGUGAUUCACUGUUCCACCAACAGGAACACAGAGGAGAUGGAGAACUUCCUGAGAGAAAACAAACAUGUGGAGACAAAUCUUAACAGUUUUACGAAGCAGAAGUUCUCCACCAAGAACCAGCUUGUUCCAUCAAUAGAUGGGAUUUUAACGGAGAAAUCCUUGAGGAGGGAAACUGGACACCUGGACUUGUUUGUUUGUUUCCUUCACGGUCUCUCUGUGAAGUCCAACCAGACGCUGUUAGGAAGACUUCUGGGUCAAACAUCAAACCAUUCAGAAACUGCUCGGAAAGUCAUCCACAACCUGAAGAAGAUGAGAAGUUCUAAAAGUUCUCAAAAUCUUCCUCAGCCUGAUAAAUACCCGGGCUGUUGUGGAAGCGGAAUGUGUCUUCUGGGAGGAGCUUGGCGAGGUCAUGGAGAAGGACUAUCAGUCGGCCUCAAAGGGCAGACUUUAACACACAUGUGGGUAAAGGAAAUGGAUGAGGGGACUCAGUCAGAGGUUUUUCAAAAUAAGAGCUCAUUGAAGAAAAGUCGAGACCUGAAAUGUGUUUCUAGUAAGAUAAGAUUACAGUUGAUUCUUUGAUGUUUCAUUCAUUGUAAAUAUAAUACAUAUUGAAUUUAUAAUACCAGCAGAAAAAUUAAUAUUUUUACAGAAAUCCGUGUGUGAGUGCUGACAGCUGAAGAUGCUGAAAUGAGCUGAAUAACUUCUCAAGAUCUCAUGACGUCUUUAUGUGUCGACAUUUCUUUGUUUUUCCUCGAAUCCUCCUGUAGUUUAUCAUUUGUCCAGCAGAGGUCGCCAUGCCAUACGAGUUCUGCUCUAUGAUCUGAAGAACUGGAUCUGGUUCAGAGUAUUUAACUGUGAUUCUCACUCUGGUCAACAGGGGGCAGUACAUGAUUUUUGAUGAAGAUGGUGACGAUCUGAUGAAAUCAUUGUCCUUCUACAUAUUUCAAAUCUUAUUUCAUGUCAGAAAUUCAAUCCACUGAAUGUUCUGCAGAAUUUAUGAGGUUUUUUUAAGUUAAAAAGUAGAAAUUCCGAGUAAAAGCAUGAAACUCCA